UGUUUGAUCAAUGGACCAUGAAAUCAACAUAACCUGAGAAGGUCGCAAGCUUCAAGAUGGCAGACACCACGUUAAGCACAAAGAUCACCAUGAAGCUCCUCAUCGAUCCCAGUCCACUACGCCCGCGCGUGCUGUUCGCGGAAGCCGGGAAGGACGCCGUGGACUUCCUCUUUUCCCUCCUUACCAUGCCGGCCGGCGUGGCCGUGAAGCUGCUGGGAAAGGGGUCCAUGAUCGGCAGCAACGGCAACCUCUACUCCAGCGCCGAGGAGCUCGACGGCACGUACAUGCUGCCUGGCGUGGACAAGGACGUGAUCCUCUGCCCUGCCGUGGUCUCACCCGUGGCGAGCGCCAGCAGCAGCUCCCUCUUCCGCUUGCCGGAGCCAUCCUCGCUCUUGACCCCGAGGAGAUUCUUCGGUUGCGGGAACACGAUUAAUAAUGAUUGCCGCACCAGCGUGACAGAUCAGAGAGGCUCUCGGUGUCCAUCCUGUGGAAACCAGAUGACGACUGAAUUCCGUUAUGUGUCCGGACAGGUGCAGAACACCUCGACCGGUGGGUUCGUGCAGGGCGUCGUGACGUACACGGUGACGGAUGACCUUAGGAUAUCGCCAAUGUCUGCCAUCUCCAGCAUCGCGCGGCUCAGCAAGUUGGCGGCGAGGGGCCUCAACGCGCCCCAGGAGAAAACUGUGCAGAUCGGCUACAAAGAGGGUUUGGAGAUCCUGGAAGCCUCGUUCAAGUCCAAAACUGUCCUAACUGAUGUUUUCCUUGGCAAGAAGCUCUCUCCAUCCAACAAAGGCACCACUCUGUUGAGCAAGGCCACAAGAUCUGAAUGCCUCACAUGGCGUGUUUGAGCGUAUGGAUGUGCAGCUAGCGACCUUUAAUCAGGUUGCCUCGUCCUUUCUCGGUGCUUGUAGUACCCUCAGCCGCCUUACGCCGCUUCUUUCUUUGUCCCAUGUUAAGGGUGUUGUUGAAUUUUAUUAACCUUUCUGGUUCAUGGGCUAUGUGCAUCUUGUUAUGCAGAAGCCAGGUGUAACUCUCUUGCUUGUAUCGCCUUGAUGUGAUUUUUGAGUUGAUAAAAACUCUCUUUAUCGAAAAAGUACCCUCAA